GCCAACGCCCUGAACUGCUCGAGGCCAUGUUAAUACAUCCGUGACUUUUCUUCCAUUAACUACGUCGUCGAUGUAUUUAUGUUCUCCGACAUCCGUGUGGUCGGCGUACGCGGGCUGGAUAAUGUAUUUUUGAGGUGAGGCGCAAUAGUCGUGCAUAGGGGUUCCAUUACACGCAGUUAUCUUCGGUCAAUUGCAGGCCUGAUGCCUAUGCCACACGUAGACGGGAAAUUUAUUAUAGCAGACGUUGCAUGACAUGUAACAUAGGGGUCUGUAAAAUAAGUGUUUGCUUUUGAUGCUACUACCCGCCUGUUGUUCAUUCUUAAUUGCACGUGUGCCAAUAAAGUUCGAACAUGAUUAUAUGGGUCUGGACAAGCAACGAAACGUUGACAAUAAAAAUGGUAUGAAUGUCAGGCUACAUUUCUAUAGAUAUUCUAAAAAAAGUUGCAUUACCAAACGGUAGAAAUAAUCCUAUUACAAUGCAGAGUAUUUUAGCCUAAAAUAAAAUGUAAUCACAAAUUCGGAGAAUCCGGUAUAGCCCCAGUUAUUAAUAUACAAGGAACUGCGCACAGUGAGCCGGACGCGCCACUGCGUGCCAUCGGCAGCUUAAUUGGCCCAUUGCGCCUCACUGAUUACUGACGUGAAUGCACCGGAUAUAUGCUGGCAUUAGUAGCGCGCAGACAGCCGAAUGGAGCGGAACGGUAUGCCGAAAUAAUACACCCAUUCACAUGUGUGCCACAGCACGGUGGCCGGUACAGCAGAGCCCGCCUGCGCGGUUCCUCCUUACAAGCAGUCAGAAGUAUGGCCGACUUUCCAAGUAUCUCAGUGGAGAAUACGGUCGGUCUGCGUAUCAACGGAGGACUCAUCGUAGUCGUCGCAUCAACGAUCACGUGAGAUAAGAUCCCGACUGAUGACGGUCACUUUCCUCUCCGCAAUAUUCCUAUCUGUGAUACUCGCCAGUUCAGCGCAAGACGGCAGCGAUGGCGCGAACCAGACGACGAACGAGUCAUGUAAACACAGCGGUGUGUCUUGCCAGUCUCUCAACUACACGACCUGCUACGGAGCGAAGUUAUUGUACGGUGCAACGUCGACGGACAUCGCUGAUGACGUGGACACACAAGAGGAGGCCCAGCGUCGUCUGCGGCUGUGGAGUGGGCUGAGAAGCGUUCCAGAAUGCUGGGCCGUCAUACAGCCGCUACUGUGUGCCGUUUACGUGCCUAAGUGCGUGAUCGACAAGGUGGAUUUGCCGAGCCGAGAAAUGUGCGAGAACGCACACAACGCAUGCACGAUCGUCGAACUGACUCACAACCGCUGGCCGAGCUUCCUGCAAUGCGAAAACUUCCCCUCGCAUUGUCAAAACGAAGUUUCUAAGUUCAAGUUCAACGCAACGGGUCAGUGUAGUCCACCAUUGCUACCGACAGACAGCCAGCGUAACUGGUACGCCAGCGUGGAGGGUUGCGGUGUUCAGUGCCGAAACCCACUCUACACCACGCGCCAGCAUAGACAGCUUCACGUCUUCAUCGCCGUGAUGGGAUCUCUCUGCCUCGCCUGCACUCUUUUUGCCGCGUUUACGUUCAUCGUCGAUUGGAAGAAUGCGAGCAGAUACCCGGCGCUGGGCAUUUUCUACAUCAACUGUUGUUUCGCGUUGGCUACAGUCGCCUGGCUCGCCCAGUUUCUACCGGGUGCUCGCGACAACAUUGUGUGCAGACGUGACGGUACUGGCCGCCUUGGGGAACCCAACGGAGGAGAGAAUCUGUCGUGUCUCAUCGUGUUCGUCGUCAUCUACUAUUUCCUCACGGCUGCUGUCAUCUGGUUCGUGCUGCUGGCCUACACCUGGCACGUAUUCUUUAAGAUGCUGAGAACAUCUAGGGAGGUGAUAGAAGGCAAAGCCGCUUACUUUCACAUGUUCUCGUGGAGCGUGCCUCUGGUGUUGACCAUCACCAUUCUCACAUUGUCAGAGAUUGACGGUGACUCUCUCAGUGGAAUAUGUUUUGUUGGGAUGAGCACCUGGUACAUGAGGACAGGGUUUGUACUGCUUCCCGUGAUGCUUAUGCUGUGCUUUGGAGGCUAUUUUUUGAUCAGAGGUGUCUUCAUCGUCUGCAGCUUCGCGUUUGUUUUAAUCACGUUCUGCUGCCACAUCUACGAGUAUUCAGGUCGACAACUCUGGAAUAAAAACUUCAGAGAUUUCUUAGUGUGCCAGGCAAACACGAGCGGUGCGUCACGGUGUGCAAUAGUCGGGCCGAGCAUAGUGGCUGCGUACUUCAACCACGUGUCGGUGUUCGGUGCAGGCAUGCUCAUGAGCAGCUGGGUGUGGACAGCGUCUACCGUGGACGCGUGGAAGCGAUUCUUCUGCCGGUUACUCAAAAAGCCAGUGAAUGAGCCGGUUCGGCUGACCAGAGAGAAAAUGAUCGCAAAAGCAUUUGCAAAGAAGAAGCAAGUAGGAAACACACGGAGGAUGUCUAUCAGUUUUCACAGCACUCACGAUGAUCCACUUGGUAUGAACUUUGAGAUGCGUGAGAUGUCUCAGGAGGUGAGCUCCAACUGGGUGGCUGCAGCCCUUCCGCGGCUGCUCAAGCGUAGAGGUGCUAUCAUACAGCACCCACCACCGCGCGCCAUAAUGCACGCGUCGUCACAGUCAGAUCUCAAUGACAGAAACUACUCGAUGGAUUCACAGCUCAGCGAAAUAGCGCGGCGAACGCGAAAACGAAAGAAGCGCAAGUUCCGAGGUCGCACCCAGGUGUCGCCCUGGCCAGUUCAGAUGGCGUUCCUGAAGCACCAGCUGCGUCGACACGCCAGCGAAUCGUCGCUUGCCAGCCACGCCUCCAUGCGUCUCUCAGGAGUUAAUAGCAACCACGGCGCGCGCGGCAGCAAUCGGACGUUAGAUGGCGCCGCAAAAUCGAACGCGCACACGUCCGACCAGUACGACAUAUUCGAAAAUCCGAUGCUAUUCCAAAGAAAGGUCAGGCCCGACAUCGGCAUGACACCUAUUCCUACGAUCUCGAGUCGCGUGCGGCAGGGGCGGCCGCGCCGCUGCAGCGCCUCCUUCUCCACGGAGGACAUCAUGAUGUCGACGGCGCUCGCCAGCGGCAACCCGCACCCGACGAUGGACGACAUCGUCAUCGCCUACCGCUCCGGCUACAGCUCCGGCAUCAACAGCCGCAGGUCGAGCUUCGACGGCUCGCGGCUCAUGAUGAUGCGACUGCCGGGCCAGCUGUCCGACUCGGAGGUCGAGCGACCGCCGCACCUCGCCCAGCAGAGCCUCAACAUGCCCAUCUUCAAGCGCGAGGUCGGCCGAUCGUCGCGCCAGUCGGCGAGCGCGUCGGCGGCGACGCGCAGUCCCGCCGCCAUGGCUAACUUCAUGCUGCACAAUUCCAGCUCCAGUUAAGCCUUACUGGAGCAGUACUUAAGCAGUACUUACGACUGCACGCUGUAGGCUCCGGUUAAGCUGAGGUUACUUAAGACUGCAUGCUGUAUUAUCGCAGCUCCAGUUAAGCUGAAGUUACUUAAAACUGCAAGCUGGAUUGCUGCAGCCCCAGUUAACCUAGUGCUGCAGCUUUAGUUAAGCUAAGGUUACUUAUGCUUGCUACUAAGCUUGCUUAAGGUUACUACUGCAUGCUGUAUUUUCGCAGCUCCAGUUAAGCUGAUGUUGAUAAAGAUUAUUACCGCUGUAUUACCGCCGUUUUUGGUUGGAUUACGGUUUUACGGAUUUUGGUUGGUUAAAUACGGCACCUCGAUCCAGUGCGAUGACUAGUCCGACUCGACUGUGACACUAUAUGCACACAAUGUCUAUAUGGUAAAGCAGUGCAUACAUACAUGACUGUGUCUUGGAGCGGCGCGUACUUCUACCUGGCUGCUGGAAUGCGGCUGGUUAGUAAGGCAACAAUCACUCGGGCUGUGCUAGGCGAGAUGGCACGUCGAGCGUGUUGACGUUGUGUUAAUCGAAAACUCACGAGAAAUGAACCAAAGUUAGUUUGACGUAGUUUCGCGUUAUUUCGCCAGUAAUUAGAAACAAACAACUUGUGUAGCGCCAUUGCUACCUGUAAAUAUAGUCCAUAAACGGACUAACAUUGCCAGUGCUUGUACAGUGUAUUUACAAUACGUAGAAAUGAUAGCAUCGGCGCUUGUGCACACCGUAUAUGGUAAGUAUCGCAAGCAUAGCUUAUGUCGAAAAGGCGUAUAGCCAUAGACAGGCAGAAAGUGACGGGUAACUGUAAUAAAAUUGCCAUGGGACGUAAUAAUAAAGGUUGAACGCGCAAUAAAUGACCAAUGAAUCCCUAAAGGUAACCAAUGCCCAACAAACUCAAAUAGAACUUGAGGCAUAUUUACAAUAACGAUAUUUCACUUUAUUUCAUAGCAAAUUAACGGCGAAUUAAAGUUAUGUACGUUUUUCAUGGAAUAUGGUUAUAAAACCAGUCUGUUUGUAUAUAAUAUA